AUUACAGAAAAUAACUGGAACACAAUUAUUCGAGUGGCAAACACCAAUUGAUAUUAUUGAUUUGUAUCAAAAAUAUCUUGAGAUCAAUGACGAUCUAUUAUCUACACAAAUUUAUUGUAAUUGUACUAAACAAUGGUUUGGAUCACAUUGUCAAUUUACAUUUAAAUCAGAUGAAGAUUUUGAGAAAAUAAUUAAGCAACGUUUCAGUGUUAGAAGUUCUUCUGGCUCAGCAAUAGUGUCAACUGUCAAUUAUACGUGUUAUAUGGGUUUGCAAUGUACUGGUACACGAAUAUGUUUAGACUGGCGACAAGUGUGUAAUGCGAUAAUUGACUGCGAUAAUGGAGAAGAUGAACAACCAGAACUUUGUUUACAACUUGAAUCAAAUGAAUGUGAUUUUAACAGUGAAUAUCGUUGUCGGUCGGGUAUGUGUAUUGAUCGUGUAUUUGCUUUUGAUUUGAUACACGAUUGUCUCGAUCAUAGUGAUGAAGAACCUAAAAUAUAUGCCAGUCCAGAUUGCUUUAAAAGAGCUACGCUCUUAUGUGAGGAAUAUAAUUGUGCAUCAUGGAUAAAUUUGCAUUCUAAUGAUGGAGAAUGUUUUGACAGUACUUAUUUUCAGAAAUAUUCUCGUAGACAUUAUCAACAAAGUUUAUUCGUGACAAACAAUAAAUAUCCACUAGAGGAUAAUAAUAUAAUUUUUUGUCGUAGAUGUUUGAUAUGUAGCCCGUAUAUUAAUGAGGUAAUAGCGGGAUCAUACUUAUAUAUAUCUAGAGACGAGUGUGAGACAAUAUUAUCUAGCCCAAAUGGUUCAUGUUAUGUUAACAAUAGAUGUGAUAAUAUAUCAUUGUUUCUCUAUCCACAACCAUUUAUGUAUCCAUCUGUUAAUUUUUUGUAUACAUCAAUCAACCAAAAAUUUCCAACAUAUAUUUGUUAUAAUGUCAGUCAAUGUUCAGGUA